AUGGGAAGCAAUGCGAAAUCAGUUCGCCUGAAAGUAUUCGUGGACAAAAAGAAGAAAAAAGUGAUGUUUGCGGAAGCAGAUCAAGACUUUGUCGAAAUUCUCUUCAGUUUUCUCACUUUGCCUCUGGGAAAAAUCGCAAGACUCUCGAUCAAUCACGAGGACGGAAAGAAUGUAAAURUUGGAARMUUGACUUCUCUAUACGAAAGUGUUGUGAAUCUUGACAUCGAACGUUUAUCCAACGACGAGUGUAAAGUUGCGUUGGUUAAUCCAAGAAAUUCAUCGGCUGAUCUUUGUCARAAACUGAAAGUAAAUCUAAAUGAGAUGAAGCCAACCAUCGAUGAUUCUAACGACGAUGAUUAUGCUAAUUUUCUUCGUGUGACGGACUUUCUGCCUAUUUACGCUGCAAAUACACGGUUAGGUAGUUUCACGAAGGGGCAACCAACAUUCAUCGUCUCGGAUGAUCUCGAAGGAUCGCUCCCRCCGUCUAUUUCUACGAUUUCAAAAUUCAACACUCUUGGCAUUCCUGUUGGUGAUAUUGAGGUUCUGGAAGUGAGCAUUGGUGAACAAGAGAGCUUAGCUCAACUGGCAAUAAAGUUUGAUUAUUUAGGRUUUUUUACGGAGGUCACCGGUUCGAGUCCUACAAGGUCACUGGGAUUUUCCUGGUUGGCUGUUCAGUUCUUUACGGCCUUGGGAUUAGCCGAG